UUGGCAUCCCAGCAAAACAAAGCAUCAAAACCCCAGAAGACAAGAGUUUCACCUCAACAAAACACCUACAGAGCAAAUAUGCCAAUUGAGAGCUCUUCCACUAAUGCCCCAACCGUCUGUGUCACCGGUGCCGGUGGCUUCAUCGCCUCCUGGAUUGUCAAGCUUCUUCUUGAAAAAGGUUACACUGUCAAGGGCACUGUAAGGAACCCAGACGAUCCCAAGAAUUGUCAUUUGAGAGAGCUUGAAGGAGCAAAGGAGAGGCUAUCUCUUCACAAAGCUGACCUUCUUGAUUACCAGUCUCUUAAGGAAGCCAUUAGCGGUUGCGAUGGAGUUUUCCAUACUGCUUCACCUGUGACUGAUGAUCCUGAACAAAUGGUGGAGCCGGCCGUGAUUGGGACUAAGAAUGUGAUAAUGGCAGCGGCAGAGGCCAAAGUUCGACGUGUGGUGUUCACAUCUUCCAUAGGUGCCGUGUACAUGGACCCCAACAGGAGCCCUGAUGUGGUGGUCGAUGAAUCUUGCUGGAGCGACCUCGAGUUUUGCAAAAAUACCAAGAAUUGGUAUUGUUAUGGGAAGGCAGUGGCAGAGCAAGCAGCCUGGGAAACAGCCAAGGAAAAAGGGGUGGACCUUGUGGCGAUAACCCCAGUUUUGGUGCUGGGUCCAUUGCUGCAACCAACUGUGAAUGCCAGCAUUGUUCACAUCCUCAAGUACUUAACCGGCUCAGCAAAGACCUAUGCCAAUUCAGUUCAAGCCUAUGUUCACGUCAGAGAUGUCGCAUUAGCGCACCUUCUCGUGUAUGAGAAUCCCUCUGCCUCCGGCCGCUACCUCUGCGCUGAGAGCGUCCUCCACCGUGGUGAAGUGGUGGAGAUUUUAGCCAAGUUCUUCCCCGAGUAUCCCAUCCCUACCAAGUGCUCAGAUGAGAAGAACCCAAGAGCAAAACCCUACAAGUUCACGAACCAGAAGCUGAGGGAUUUGGGGUUGGAGUUCACCCCGGUGAAGCAGUGCCUAUACGAGACGGUGAAAAGCUUGCAAGAGAAAGGUCACCUGCCUAUACCAGCGCAACACCAGGAAGAUUCCGGCCUUCGUAUUCAAUCUUAAGCCUUAUUCUCAUACACUUAAUACUCCUGCUUAGCUUACCUACCAUUAUUAAGGGAACCGAGACAUGCACCCUGGAUGGCUAGCAUUACUGAAUGCCAAUGUGUUGUGUGCCCAUUUUGUGUUGUCGUAUCUAAUUAAUAGCAAAAAUAGCUUAUUGGACCCAAUAAUCUGUUGAACUUUUCCAUCUUCUAAUUAAUCAAUUAUUUAAAAUGAAA